ACAAAACACAAUCCUUUUAAGUUCUUUUGGGGUAAUACGCACCGUCUUGAUCAACGGCACGUUUCACAUAAAUUCAUCUUUCUUCUUUACCAGCCUGUUACUACAUCUGCUGCACUAGCAGUUGCUAUUACAGAAUUCUCAUCAAGUACCAUACCGAUCUGACACUCUUAUUUAACACACUUACUUUUACAAUCUGUAUAUCUCUUAUUAACUAUCUAUGAUCUAGGGUUUCUCUGAGAUCUGAUUAUUCUCAAUUAUCGCUUCAAAAUUUAAAGAAGCAAAAAUGGCCGUCGUAAUCGAAAGCUCCGUUUGGGAGCCAAGUCCAUUUCUCCAUAUAUUCAUAUUCCUCUCGUGCUUCGUCUCCAUAUUUGUCCUUCCUUAUUCAUCAACCAAACCUUCCUCUGUUUUCGACCUUGGACUCUCCUCUUCGUUUCUUCACUUUCAACGAAACUUUCUCUUCAUCUAUUCCCUCGCUUCAGUAAUGGAAGGUUUGUGGUCGGUGUUCGGAGAGUAUGAGUUGGUUUAUUACGGUGUUAGUAAGGAACAGAUGGUGUUGUUUCUGUGUCUUGGUUAUGCAGCUGCUCUCUUUGUUGGAACUUUUCUAGGCAUGCUCUCUGAUUUAAUAGGUCGAAAGAAAGUUUGUUUGGUGUUCUUCAUCCUGCACCUCUUUGUUGGUAUAUGGAAGAAGAUUUCAGUGCAUCCAGGCAUCUGGGUUGCAAAUAUAUGUUUGUCACUUGCCUCCUCAGUAUUUUCUUUUAAUUUUGAGACAUGGGUGGUUGUUGAACAUGAAAAGCAAGGGCACAGGCAAGAUUCUUUGAGUGACACCUUUUGGUUAAUGACUUUCUUUGAGUCUGCAUCCCUAAUUGGAAGUCAAAUACUCACGAACUGGUUGGUGGGGAUUAAUGUAGAGAAAGGCAUUGCAUCUCCUUCCAAUGCAUCUAUUUUCCUGGCAAUAUUAGGAGUCAUCUUCGUCACAAGAGGAUGGACAGAAAAUCCACAAGUGGAAUUUAAGGAUUAUAAGACAUCCUUCUUUACACAUAUUUUUGGUGAUAAAAGGAUAUGGCUCUUGAUUUGGGCACAAGCUUGCCUCCAAUUUUCGAUUGCAGUAUUCUGGAUUCUGUGGGCCCCAACAUUGGUGGCUGAUGGGCGAGAAGUGCAUCUAGGAUUGAUAUAUCCAUGUUUGCUUGGUGCAAGAAUGCUAGGAAGCACUGUAUUCCCAUGGCUCAUUAGUGGACCAUCUUCAAUUCGAACUGAGGACUGCCUAUUGUAUGCAUUUGUUGUACUGGGGUUUGUCUUGUCUAUAAUAGCCUAUGAUUAUCAGGAAAUUGGAGUCUUAGUCACAUUGUUCUGCUUAUUUCAUGCCUGUGUUGGCUUGAUUCUGCCUUCACUUGCUAGAUUGAGGACCAUGCAUGUGCCAAAUGAGUUGCGUGGAGGGAUGAUAAGCCUUUCUCUAGCUCCUGCAAAUGCAGCAAUUCUGCUUUUUCUGUUGCAACAAUCAAUCUUUUCUUGGUGUAAUGCCUGUCUACCUGGAGACUUGAGGAGAGGCUACUAUCGGAAAAUUGAGAAUGCAGCAAUGAUAGCCUUUGCAGCCCUUGGGCUGUUCUCAGCAGCUGGAUGUAUGUAUUUAUUGAAGCGGUGGGGAAAGCAACCAUACCAAGAUUCCCACAAAUUAUGAUUUCCUUACCCCAUUUCAUUUCAAGCUCCGGUUGGUGGAUUCUUGGUGUCUUCCAUCUAUCACCUAUUGGUGGACAUGAAAGUGAAAUUUAUUUACGGUAGUGAAACUCAAACAUGUGCUGUAUAAUUCCGGUUGAAGUAUGCAAAGAGGCAUCUGAUUACAAGAAUAGGGAAGAGACCAUGAAGUCAACAAGUUCGGUUUUAAGGCUUGCUAAACUUAGGUUCAUAAUCUCAUAAAUAUCUGUUACUCUACAAGCAAGGAGUUUAUACGUAAGUAAUUUUUUGUCAUUGAAUCCCGCAAGUUUUGACUUUCAAGUUUGAGAUAUAAAUUGUCAGGCGGAUAUAGAACCUUGCAGCUAAGCCAAACUAAUUGAUGAUAUUUGAGCUGUAGAGAAAAGCUUGCCUCUGAUACAUUCAGCUUUUAGAUGGGUGUGUUAAACUGGGAAAGACUAAGCCGCCAACUAAUACAAGCUGAUGUUCUCAGAUGAAUACAGUAAUGGACCUGGAGUUAGUCUCGAAGUUGAAAGACUUGUGAUUCAUGGUAUGUAUAAUAAAAUUGAGUUGAAAACAUUAUUUAAUUGUUAUAUUAAUUCUUUGAGAAGGAGGUUCCUCUCUUCUGCCUUGAUAAGUUCUGUAGCUCGUAGAGCUUUGAAUCUUGUAUUCCCAGUGUUAGCAAAAGAGUGGUAUAAUUUUUAUUUUUUUUUCUAUAAU